GUUGAGAGCGCGGCGUAGAGACGAUUUUAGAACGGAGCAGGGCCUCCUGCCGUCAGACAUCGUAGCAUAGGGUGUGCUGUAUUAAUAUAGGGUCAAGACAGGAACAAGUUGGUGGCGGUGGUGGCGGAAGACGGUGCAGGUCUUCUUGAGUAAUACACGCGUGCACAUCCCGACCUUUCGCAAGUAAUGUCAAUGUACGGAAAGAUCCUUCUGCGUAACAUCUAACAAGAUGACCUUAACAGAUUAUACGCUGAAAAAUAAAGGGCCGCCAGAAUGGAUCGAAGAAGAUCAAAUCGUAUCAGUUCAAGGACGUGUAGGCGAAGAUAUUAUCGUCGAAAUGAAAUUGGCUUUAUCUGAAAAUUAUGAUGAUUUGCGUUUUGAAUUAAUAAAAGAUGGAUUGCCAAUUUCAACGGAUCGUUAUCAGUUAUCAAUGCGAGGCAAUAUCGUUCAAUUGGCUUUGAAUCAAUCGCGUAAAACAGACGCAGGUUAUUAUUCUCUCAUAGCAACAAGACUUGGACAAGAGAAUAAUAAAGGAGCUUUAAAGAAAAUUCAUUUAAACAUCAGUGAAACGAGUUACGAAGAGGGUGAUCCUCCUGUCUUCUUAAGAAGAUUGAGCGAUCUUGCGGUAAAAGUUGGUACUCGAACCAGAUUUCUCAUAGAAAUUCGAAGUUCAACUAGUUUGAAGAUAACUUGGUAUAAAGAUGACACACCUAUUUACGAUGGAGCCAGAUUCUCUCUUGUGCAUGAAGGAAAUUUUCAUUGUGUUGAUGUCGCUCCUGUUAGAAUCGAGGAUCAAGGAUGUUGGACUUGUAUGGCGGAAAAUCAUAGUGGAAGAUCCUCAUGUACCUCUACUCUUACUGUUAUCGUUCCCAAGGCUUACAAAAAGCCAGAAUUUGUUGAAGAACUUCGUGCGCUACUCACUGAAACAGGUACCGUGUCAUUGGAAUGUAAAGUGAUCGGUGUACCUACGCCGAUACUGAGAUGGUUUAAAGACAACAAAGAAAUCAAAGCUGGCGAUGUUUUCGCCUUAACUGCUAAUCCCGAUGAUCCAACGUCUCUCGGUGUUUAUACUUGCGAAGCGGUCAAUUGCAUGGGAACGGCGUAUUCCUCCUCAAAAGUUCAUGUAGUUGGAAGAGGUAGCCGAGAAGGUUCAUUGAAACCGGCAGAUGCUUUGACACCAUCUGGACCACUACCGAUAUUUAAACAGAUACUUCAAGACGAAUGUUGCCGAAUCGGAGACACCAUCCUACUGUCUUGUCGCGUUCAAGUACCACCGUGGCCAAAGGCGAUCGCCUGGUAUAACAAAGAAGGCCGCAUAGAACCUAAUGAAAAGUAUCACGUAAUAGAGGAUGGUAUCGGAGGAUAUUCAAUCGAAAUAAAACAAGUAGAAGCCAUGGACGAAGGGGAAUGGAAAUGCGUCGCUACUAGCGAAGACAACAUGAAACAAUUUACGAGUUGUUAUGUAGCAAUGUCUAUUCCAAGGAAUUACAGAAAACCGCGUUUCAUGGAAAAUCUAAAAGCAGUCUUGACGGAAGAAGGUCUUGUCUCGUUCGAAUGCAAAGUUGUAGGUUUUCCAACGCCAUUGCUCAGAUGGUUUAAAGAUGGUCAAGAGCUUAAGCCAGGAGACGUGUAUCAAUUAACUGGGACUAAUUCAUUAGGUUCUUAUUGCUGUAUCGCAAGAAACUGCAUGGGGGAGGCUAAAAGUACAGCUGAAUUAACCAUCGAAGACAUUCAGAAUCAAUUAAAUGAAGAAGAACGUUUCCAACUUUUGAGCACUAAUCAACCACCAAAAUUUAUAAAAGGUCUCAGAAGUUGCGAGGCGAAAAUAAAUGAAGAUUUUCGCUUUACAGUGCAAGUAAGUGUCGCACCAGAACCAACUCUUUCUUGGUAUAGAGAUGAUGCGUUAAUGGAUGAUGAAUCUGACAAGUAUCACAUAGCGAAAGAGAAUCUUGGCACAUGUCAUUUUGAAGUGCGAAAACUCGAAUUUGUUGAUCAAGCUGAGUGGAAGUGCGUAGCGGCAAACGAUUUUGGCCAUAGCGUUACUUCUUGCUUUUUAAAGUUAAUCAUUCCUAAGCACUAUAAGAAACCAAAAUUUCUUGAAAGUCUACGUGCAAUUCUAUCAGAGGAAGGUGCCGUAAAUUUAGAAUGCAAAGUUAUUGGCGUUCCACAACCAGUUUUAAAAUGGUACAAAGACAAUGUCGAACUCAAACCUGGUGAUAUACAUCGAAUCAUUUCCGGACAAGAUGGCACUUGUUGUUUAGGAAUAUAUACUUGCGAGGCUACCAAUUGCAUGGGAACAGUCAGUAGUUCCGCGUCGUUAUUAGGAUUUGAAAAUAGAAAAGAUGCAAAAGAAAUUCAGCCGCUAAAUGGUCACGAACUGGCAAGAAAUCUAUCGUUGUCAACGAUACAUGAGGAGCGAACGUCUCAAUUGUAUGAUACACCGCAAACAGAUCAUUCUGUAACUUUGGAUGAACGAGGCGAAGUAUCCUUCAGUUUUGAUGGCAAGGAAGUAUCAGUUAGUCUUUACGAAACACCUGAUCUUACUGAAGAAGAGGCGCUACAGAUUGUUGAAAUGUACGCCGAUCAGUUGUCUGAACAUGUAACAGAACACAAUGUGAUCGAGUUACCACCAAUGAGAUUUGUUAAAGAAACGUCCACGACUGGUAAUUUAUUAAUGGAAGCUGUGGUGAUUGACGUAUCACCCGAUUAUUUUGUUAGCGCGGAAGAUGGCGAUGAUCUACGAACAGAAGCUGACUUCGAAGAUGUCUCCAUUAUGGAUGAUGUUACGCAUGUCCUUUCGUCACCUGAACGUGAUUCUCGAAGUUCUUUAAAGAGAUCAGCACGAUAUAAUGUGGAUGAGGAUGAGAAAGUUCCUAAUAGGCCACCUCGAAAAAAAUCAAUGAAUGCAUCAUUAUCGAAGAGCGAAAGAAGUCAACAGAUAGAAUCUGAAAGUUUCCACAGUGUACAAAAAGACGAUCCACCGUUGUCUCCGCUUUCAUCUCUGAAGCAGGAUGACAGCGACACUUUCGCGGAUGCUUUAUCCUCUGCACAUCUCUCCAUCACAGAGAGUUUAGUCCAGAAAAAUAUAACCUCGGAACAUGCAGAUAAUAGAAAACGCAGUUUAAGCGCAGGAAGAUCAACUGGCUCCAGUCUAGACGAUGGGAUUGGUGGUGAUUCCUCUUUCGAUUCAAUGACUGGUGUUCCUAAAAAGAUGCAGCGUAAAAAGAAACAACGGAAGGACAAAAGUAAUUCCGAGAAAUAUUCCGAUUCUAGUGACGAGCAAAGGAAAAGAAGUGAAUCGGAAGAUAAUGUUAAUACAAAGAUAAAAUCUCAACCUGUAGAAUCAGUUUACGAGACAGAAAUGGAUAACAAAAAUGAAGCCGAAGUAGUAAAAGAAUUGUUGUUUACUAAAGAAAAAUUAGAUUUUCAAGAUAAUUUGAAAAGUGUAAAUGAAAUUAACAGCCAUGUCUCGAAAGAAACUAAAAAGUCGACGGAAGAUAUUCUUUCAGAACCGAGAAUAGCUCUACACAAAGCUUUGGAGCUUUUUCACGAAAAACUUAUACUGAACGCACACACAGCGCCAUUGUUUUCUGAUAUUUAUGAACAAAUUGAUAAUAUAUAUCAAAUAUUAGAGACUUCAAAAGGAAUAGGUGCGGACAUUGAAAUCUUGACUAAUUUGGAAAUACCUCUUCAUACACUAUUAAAGAAAAUCAAUGAAAUAAUAUCAAUAGAAUAUGUAGAAAUUAUUCAUGAUAUUCUCCAACCAUCCAUCGUUCAAUUAUCACAUGCUAUUGAAAAGCUCGAAUCAUCAUCUUUGCAGCCUACGUUCGUAAUUUUAAAAAAUUUCAGCAAACUCAUGUGUAAUAUAUCUAGUGGAUCAGAAAAAUUAUCUUCGACAAAAUCUAUCUCCGACGAGUCUCAAAAUAUAUCCGAAGAAAUUGUAGAUUCGUUACUUGAUAUUCAAUCGACAUUUAGUGAGAUUUUACAACAAAUGGAACAAUCGAAACUUUCGGUAAAUAAAUCUGGAAAGUCACAACAAAUAUCAAUAACAUCGGAACUUAUGGCAUGUUUAAUAGAGUUAAGAGAGUGCGUAUCUCAUACAGCACACACUGCAAUGGCAUUGAAAGAGAAUGAAACACUAAGCAGUUUAAUGGAAUUUAGGAAACCUUUAUUGGAUCUUCAAUUAAUUUUAUCAGCAAACCGAGGUACUUUUUACGAACUUUCAACAAUAAAAGAAAUAAAUAUUGCCGUUGCAAAAUUAAAGAGUGUCAUAGUAACUAUACUGAACGAUUCCACAAAUCGCGACGUAAUUUUCCAAAUUAAAACAAUUUUCAAAAUAUUGGAAGAUACUGAUAAACAAAUAUUAAAGUUGGUAGAACAAUCAUCAGAAAUGAAAAUUGUUCAAAAACGUAUGUUGAAAAAUUUAGAUAUUGAACAAAGUCUAAGUAAGGUGCACUUUGCUUUAUCAUCGGUUUUAGAAAAACAGCACAUAGCCUCAAGUCAUUUGAUAACAAGUAUUGAAGUGUUACGUCAGACAAUUGGUUCUUCGGCUGUUACGAUCGCCAAUUUAAACAAUCCGGUUGAUAAUGAGAUAACUCAAGAAAUUAGCACACUAAAUGAAUCAUUAUUAAAUUUACAGAGGAAUUUAUUAACGGAAAAGCAUGAAUUAGAAGAAGAGCAAAUUCUUGAUAAUUUGAUGCAUCCUAUCGGUAUGCUAAAAGCAAUAAUUCACAAUAUAAUUGAAAACAGUUCUUCAGUCCAAUUGAUACUACCAAUGUUGGAAUUAUUGGAAGAUAUAGAAAAAGAUAUAGCUCUUGUAACGAAAGAAAUAUCAAAGAGAAAAUAUCAGGAAGAAAGUAUUACACAAUCUCAGAAAGAAAAUACGGUAGAAGAAAGCAAUUCAAAAUCUAUUUUAGCUACUUUAAUCCGUCAUUCUUUAGAUCCUAUUAAAAACUGGUUAUCUGUUACAUCUGAUGAUAGUACAAAGGACGAAAUGAAAUCUACUCUGAGUUCAACAAUCGAAGAAUUGAAAAAAGAUAUAACUCAGAUUGCCAUUCAAACAUCAUAUUCUGAAGUACCAAAUGAUGAAAGUUUGAUAAAAGCAUUGAUUGAUCUCCGAGAACCGCUAAUGAGACUCAAUACCGCUAUGUCUGUGGUAGAUUAUGGACCAGAAGAUAUUUCAGUAUUGGAAAACUUGAAUUGUCCUAUGAAAUAUCUUUUGCAAACUAUCAUGAGUGUUCUUCAUGAACGUGCGCAAGAAAAAUCUCUACGACCGAUUAUAAAUAUCAUCAAACAAAUUGAAAAUCAAAUACCACUUUCAAUCAAAGAUGCUCUUUAUCAACAAGAACUUAAACAAAAUGCUAAAGCAUUAAAUAUAGAAAUGGGACAAAAAGAAGAAGAAACUGUUUCCAAAAUUUCCAAAGAAACAAUUCCUGGUACUCUUACGGAAGUUGCUACAAUACCAUUUGAAAUUGGAUCUACGACAUCUUUUACCGAGCAAGCUACAACAGAAAACAAUUUCGAUAGAAUAACUGAUGACGUACAAACUAUAAAAAAUGAAAAACAGGAAAGAGAAAAAGAUGCAGGCAAAUUAAUCAUAAUUUUGUUAGAAACUUUGGAAAAACUUCAAUUAGAGAUAACUAGUAUUCUAGAGGAUUUCGAAGAAUCAAUAACACAAACUACCACGAUUCCCCAAUCGAAAUUGGCUAAUUUCCUCGAAGAUUUAAGAAGCAUUAUUUCCACAAUAUACAUGACUAUCAUUCACAGUGAAGAAACUUCUUCACUUGAAGAAAAAUUUAAUCAGACAACUUUGGUGCUAAUUAAUCUAAUGCAACCGCUGACAAAUAUACGAAAUCUUCUUUCCAGAUCGCACGAGCAUGAUGUUUCAGAACUCAUAAUAUUGAAUCGAUUUAGCCCGCUGUUGGAUAUAAUAGAAAUCAACGUAAUAAGACAAAUAAUCAAUUUUGUCAAUAAAGAUGAGAAUGUAGAAAAAAACUCGAGUGUCUUUUAUGCGUGCUGUAUUUUGGAACGCAUGAGCGAUUUGGAGAAAGCUGCGGAAGAAACUCUUGAAACUGAUGUCGCAAAUAUUUUAGGAAAACCAAUUAAUUCUCUUUUGAAAGACAUAAAAAUAGCUAUCCAAGAAGUAGAUGCAUUAGAUCGACGAGAACCAUUGAUUCUCGAAUUACGAAACUUUAUCGAACCUCUGCUAGAAUUUCAUAGUUGUCUUUCAAUGGUACAAAAUAGUCGAAAAAGUUUAGUUCCUGAAGCCUCUUUAUUAGAAGAGAGAAGAAGCGUUAUUUUGCGAGCAGUCGAUGGUUUGCAAAAACAAGUUUGUCAUACUGUCGAAAUAAUUGCAAAUAUGGAAGAUGCCUUUUUAUUUAAUGAAUCUUUGACAUUACUCAAUUCUGCGAUUCUACAAGUACAAAAACAAGUUGAUAAGACUGAUUAUUCGCGUCGAUCUAGUAGCACUCAAAUUUCUCUUCAACAUCGACUUACUGGUACGUUGAGUCGUUUAGCAAAGGCUAUAAUAGCGUUGCAAGAACACACUGAUAAGGAUACAUAUGGAAUAGUGUCCAAAUGUUUGGAAGCGUUACAAAAGCAAAUCUCAUUUUCGCAAACGCAGUUUAAUCAAAUCAAUAAUGAAUUAAUUGACGAAGAAGCAAUCAUAGAAGGCUUUCUUUAUCCGGCCAAUCAACUUUUGUCAGCAUUAAACAUUUUGAAAGAGAAUAUACAGAAGCAACACUUGGUAAUUUCACACUCAAUAGUUUAUUUUCAAGAAUUAGCUGACUCUAUUACAGAAUUGAGUUUUUCCCUCUCAGCUUACAAAACGGAACUUGUCCGAGAAGGUACUUCUGAAGGAGCACCGAUCGUAGAAACCUUUUCUGCCGUUAUCGAUGUUUUAGGCCAUAUAAAAGAUUCUGUUACUGUCAUAGAAAAGGCAGUCGACAAUGAACAGAAAGCGAGUAUGAUUAUCACAAAAGUAGAAAGUGUCACUGAUGAGAUUAUAGAAGUGUCGCAAGAAGAAAUUGAAAAUAUAAUGAUGAUCACGGAAAUACCAUCAUCUAAAGCAAUAGUUCAAGAAGCUCAAUCGGAAAUUGGAGGCACACCUAUAACAACACAAAUAUCAAUCUUAGAAAACCUAGAAACAGUUCAACAGACUUCUGUUAAACAAAUGAAGAAUAAUAAUCUGACGGAUUCGAGGGAAUACGAGGAAAAUCAAAAAGAAAACGAAAGAAAGGAACAUCUAAUAGCGGAGAUAUCAAAGUUUAAUUGUGCAAUAAAUAACUUGAUACAGCCGUUAAGAGAACUAAUUAAUCUCGUGAAAUCUACUAAGCAAAAAUCACUAGUUUCCAAAUCUGAAGAAAAUAAGCGAAAAAUACAAGAAUUAACAGCAUUAAUACAAGUUCUUAAUGAUCUACAAGCUACAAAUGCCUCUAUUACGACGGUAAUAUCUUCCUCAUCUGUUAUAUUAUUAGAUAGUCAAUUUUCUUGUAUGAAAGCUAUUCUUUCUGAUUUGGAACAAGCUGUCGGCACGGUUAUUUCAUUAACUCAUGAAGGUGUGAGGCCAGAAUUAAAGGAGAAUAUCAUGACAUCUUUACAAUUUAUCGGUAAACCUUUAGAUUCUCUUGAAAAUAUAUUGGCAUCUAUAUAUCAGACAAUCGAUAAAGAUAGGUAUAUUGAUAAAGACAGAGAAUUAUCUGAAGUUGCACAAACUUUAAUAUCAUGUAUUAAUGAUACCGUUAAAUCUCUCAAUGAAAUGCAAAUAUCAAAAUGUCUUAGUAUCGCUGACGACAAAGAAAAUGAAAUGGAAAUUUCAGAAGUCAAAGAAGAAAUGAAAAAUAUCGAAGAAAUAACUGCGCGGCCACUCGAAGAGCUUAUAGAAGCCAUUAUGGAUUCUCAAGAGAUAAAAUGUGAUAAGACAUCAGAAUCUGAUUUGUCUUUCAUGAAUACAAUCGAAUCGAAAGACAUUGAUAAUUUAAAAUCUGUAGAAUCACAAUUAAAUGAGACACUUGUCAAGAAGAUGGAUGAUUCAGCGAAACGAGAUAAAGUAGAUACACCGCAGGUAACAUCCUUACCAGAAUCUGAUCAAGCCGAAAAAUUAUUUAUUAAAAAUACAGGAAUGAUAAAAACAAUAACACAAUCUUUAGAAAAAGUCGAGGAACAGAAUUUAGCAACGAUUGAUAAACAGGAGAUAGAACCAACUCAGAUAUCUGAAAACAAUAUAAUUCUAGAAAAACAAAUAAAAGUUGAAACUUUGCGAACGAUUAUCUCUCCUCUUCAAGUAUUGCGUAAAUCAUUCGAUCAAAUCGGAGAAAUAGGAGUUUUUGAAUCCUCUGAUAAGAAAGCAAUCGCAUUUUCGGCUCUAAUAGAACCAUUGUUAAAUUUAGAGUUUGUAUUACCUGAAGUAACCGAAGAUAUAAAACAAGAUACAGUGACAUUACAAGGGUUAUCUGUGGUAAGCAUUUUGGACGAAGUACAAAGAUCAGUUGCUACAAUUCAAGAAGAAAUGCAACUGCAGCUUAAUGCUAUGGCUGAAACCAGUUUGAAUAAAACACCUAAGAUACUCUUAGCACAAGCCAUCAUGAAACCUUUGGGUGAUUUAAGAAUUUCAAUUGCACGCAUCCAAUCUGACCCGAUGAUUAAUCAAUUUGUUCAACAAGGAUCAGAAUUAUCAAAUGUUGAACAAAUCACAAUCCUGCAAAAUCUUGUUAAAUCAGUGACGCAAUUUGGAGAAAGAUUUACAUCUAUUGUUAAUCAAAUAGAAAUAGAAGCUACGUUGCCAUUGCAAACCAUUAAACAAACAGAUCAACAACUAGAUUUAGAAGUUUUACAUAAAAUUGUUAAUCCGAUUCACGUUUUACGAGAAACACUCUCCCAAAUUGAAAACCUAAACAAUUAUGAAGCUGAGGUAUUAGAAAUACCCAAACAGAAAAUCACAACAGCGAUCGUUCAAUUGACGGCAGUAAUGGAUUCUUUGGAAAAAUUGGAACAAUCACUAAUUAUAAGUACACAGCAAAUUAUAGACAUGCGAGAGAAAAUUACAAAAGAACUUAACGAAGACCAAAAUUUGUUCACAAGUAUGAAUUUAAAACCUAUAUUAGAAGAAUUAAGAAACUCGAUAACGAUAGUUCAGGAGCAAAUAAUUUUUGAUGAAGAUAUUCCUGCAUUAAAAACAUUGACUGAAGCUCUAGAAAAUUUGAAAAUGCCGUUAAUAACAGUUGAAGAAGUCAUUGAUCACAGUGAUAAAGUUACUGAAAUUGAAAAAAUAGCAACUUUACUAUCGUUUGCAAAGUCAGUGGAAAACACAGCAAAUCAAUUAAUGGCUAUAGCCAAGCGAGAUAUGGCAAAACAAGAAGUUAAGGAAAUAUCGCUAAUAAAAACAAUGACAAUUCCCAUUGAAGAAUUGCAAAGUGCGAUAUUAAAACUCGAAGAUCAAGUAUCUCAAACAUUGGAAACAAAGGGAUCAAUAAAAACUGUUAGUUUUGAAUGUAUGGUGCAACCAUUGCAAGAAUUACAGCAAUUGUUCUUAACCUCUUCUUAUCAAGAAACUGCUCUAUUCUUACAGGAAUUACCACUCAAGCCAAUAUUGGAUAAUUUGAAUAAAUCCGUGGCAGUGAUUCAAGAUCAGAUCACGUUAAUUCAAAAUGUGCUUAUAGACGGAAAUACAGAUGAUUCAAUAAUAUUAAAAGAUUUUGCGAAAUCACUUGGCAAUUUAAGAACAUCGACGGUAGUUUUACAACAAUUGAAUGCAAUAGAAAACGCUGGUCAACAAAUUGUAGAAAUCGAGAAUGCAUCUGCGCUGCAAGCAUUUGCAAAAUCUAUUGAGGAAUUCAAAAAAUCUUGCUCCGUUAUUGUUGAACGACCAAGAAUUAUCGAAGCUUUGACGAAAAAUAUAGAAUUGAAACAAUUAAAUAAAAUAGAUGCGCAACUGAUUGAAAAUAUUGUUGCACCUCUGCGAAUAUUACAAGAGCAGAUUUUAACUAUCGAGGAGUCUAAAAUGCAAGAAUCUGAGAUUUUGGAUCUAACGGAAGUAAGGAAACCAAUUACUGUGUUAAGUAGUCUUGUUAGUCCCUUGCAACAACUUGAAAAAUCUUUGGUCGCAACGGUGCAAAAGCAACACGUUAUCGAACACGAUGGACACAACCUAACAAUUGAAUCUUCUUCCGUAAGUUUAGAAAAGCUUGCUCUACAGCCUGUUCUCGAGGAAGUACAAAAAUCUAUUGCUACUGUACAAGAGCACAUGAUAUUAGAGGCAGGAAAGCAAAUUCCGUCGGAAAUAGAAAGUGAUACUCUACUGAAAUCAAUUGCGCAGCCAUUAGUGGAUUUAAAAGCUUCCAUCGCAUCUAUACAGCAAGUAACCGCAAUUGCCCCUGAUUUUUUAACCGAACUCGCACAAGAGCAAAAUGUUUCAACGUUGGAAACAUUUGCCAAAAUUCUUCAUAAUCUGACGGAAUGUAUGGCAAUGUGUAAUCAACAGCAGGUAAUUAUGGAACCUGCGGCGGAUACUAUUUCCGAAGAUGCUUUGUCUUUAAAUACGUGGGCGGAUGUAAUCGAUGAAGCUGCUUCUAAAAUUACACAUCCAAUGGUGAUUGAUCAAGGCGUGAUUGAAUCUCCAACCGAAAUCGCAAUGUCGAUGUCAGAGGAAGAAAUGUCCUCGUUGAGAACAUUAGCAAAACCUUUAACCGAAUUACGAGAAUGCUUAGCUUUGAUCGUUGAGGAGCAAAAAACAGUCCCACUGUGCGAUACAACGUGCGUUUUGUCGGAAAAAGAAAAUAUUUCUUUGACGAAAACAAUGAUACAACCUUUAUUAGAAUUAAAACAAGCAGCUGCAAUAAUAAUUCAGGAGCAAAUGGCUAUCGAAUGUACUAAUGAACAUUCAUUUGUCGUCGAUGGUAAAAAUGAAUUUACUCUUCGUUGUUUAGUGGAACCACUUGAAGAAUUACGCCAUUCUAUCGCAAUAAUACAGGAUCAGAUGUUGAUUGAAACACUAACGGACCAAUCAAAGAAUGACAUCAUAUUAAAUGCAUUGGCUGAACCUCUAUUCGAUAUCCAGCGUGCUAUAUCCAUUUUAGAAACGCGAGUGAUGUCGCCAGAUGUUGAAUCGAUGUCCGAGGAUGUAGGCAACAAUUGGAUCACGGAAUGUUUAGCGACUCCUUUACAUGAAAUUGAAAGAUCGAUUGCUGAGAUUCGACAAUGCGACGUGAUGGAACCUAAAACGACAAUCGUAGAAGAAAAGUCGAAAACGUUAAUGCCAGAUCGAUCCAUUAUUGAAAAAUUAAUAAAACCAGUGGAAAGUAUCAAAUCAACGAUAUCACGUAUGGAAAAUGAUUCUACUGAAAUUGAAGUUCUUAAAACAAUAGAAAAGCCACUUGCCAAUGUAAGGGAGAAUUUGAUGUUACUGACAGACAAAUAUAAUUUAAGUGCUGUUGAAAAGAAAGACGUCCACGCUUUUAUCGAGUCUCUUUUCAAUCUUGAAGAACGCAUUUCAUUUAUCAAAAAGGAAAUUAUUGAUAAGCCAAUGCCCAAACAAUCAAGCACGAUGAAAAUUGAUACUACAAUAUCCGUUGUUAAUAUACCAUUAACUGAAUUAAAAUAUUCUAUCGCAGCUAUAAAAGACUCUCCAAGUUUACAUCUGCAAAAUUUGGAGAAACCAUUGGAACUUGUACAGAAUGUGUUUGAAACGAUCUGUAUUAUACAAAUACAAGAGAAACCAAAUACUGUCAAUUUAAUGACUCAUGCUCUUGAAAGCCUCGAAAAAUCUAUAUCUCUAGUACAAGAACAAUCAGCCGAUAAACCACUGGAAGAAAAACAAGAAAAAGAAAUAAAUAGAACGCAACAGGAACAUCAAAGAGAACGUGAGGUUGAAAUGAUACAGAAAGAAAUAGAUGAGUUUGAUAACGAAGUCGGAAUCACAAAAAUAAAAAGAAAUGAAGAACAUAAGAAUCUCAAAAAAGAUAAAAAAUUAGAAAAAGAACAAGAAAAUUUUGAAGAUGAAAAAUGUGCUGUACCAUUAAAUCAAAAUAAAAACAAAAUUGAGGAAUUAAGAAAAGAGAAAGAAGACUCUAAUGAAAAUAAAAAGCAGAUACAAAAGAAGAUAGAAGUACAACAAAAGGAAGUGGAAGACGCAAAAAAACAAGAAAGAGAGUUAAAUAACAAGGAAACAAUAGAAAAGGUAAAGGAAGAAAGAGAUAAAACGAAAAGAAAUGAAGAAAUUAUAAAACUGAAGAAAGAAAUAAAGGAUACUAAUAAAAAAGAAGAGAAAAUGAAAGAAGAAAAACAAAAGAAAAAGGAUGAAGAUAAAAUAUUGAUGAAUAAGGAAAACAAAGAAUCAACUAAGGCUGAAGAAAUAAAAAUAAUAAAAGAGGAACAAACAGAAAUAAAGAGAAAUAUACAAGAGAAGGAGGAAAAGAUUACACAAGAAAGGGAUAAAGUGGCAGAAAAAGUAAAAGAAAAAGAAAUGAGUAAAAGAAAAGAGGAAAUUGAUAAAACGGGAGAAAUAAUACAGCAAGCACAAUGUGAAUAUGUAAAUGGCAUAAAGAAAAGAAAGUACCUGCAAAUGGAUGAGAAUAAAAAAAAACAAAAUUAUAAGAUAAUAAUGCUUCAAAGUCAGCAAGAAGAGAGUAAAUCGAAACUUGAAGAAAAAUUGGAAACUUUGGAAAGAGAGGAAGAAGAAGAGCAGCAUAAAUUGCAACACGAUCAAAGUUGGUCGUACACAAAAAAAUGGGUUGAUAAAAAUAGUGAACGUUGGAUACAGAAAGAUGAAGAUGAUCAGGAAAGAGAUAAUAAAAAACAGCAUAGAAUGGAAAUGGAGCGCUUGGAAAAGAAAAGAAUUAUGAGGCGGACUAAACAAGAAGCUGAUUAUAUAUCUAUAUUGGACGAAGAAAAUCGGCAGAAAAGAAAUGAGGAAAGGAAAAUUAGGAGAGAUGAGACUACUAGAUUAUUAUGGGAAAAAGAACAAAGAUUACGAAAAAGACAAGAGGAGGAAAUAUUUAGAAAUAGACAAAGAAGAAAAGAGCAAAUAAAAGAAAAUGAAUGGUCGAGAAAACGCGAAAAUGAAUCUGAUCGGUUCCUUAGAAAUAUGUUAGAAACUACGUAUAAAUCAACUCCAAUGUUUUUUAAUAUCGAUUAUUCUCGAGAAUAUUCUUCUCGAUUCGAUUCUAGUGUUUCAAUACUUUCUAGCAUUUCUAGAUCAUACAGUUGGAGAGAUUCAUUAACGUCACUCAGCGGAAAAAAGGUGGACGACUACUGGAAUUAUAAAUUACGUAGUCCUGUGGAUAAAUAUUACUUUGAUACAAGUUUAUCAUACAGACGACGCAGAAAAAGAGAAAAUCGCAUGAUUCGCGCGAGAUCCACCAGUUUAUUAAAAUAUGAAGACUAUUCGACUGGGGAUAGUGAUGCCACUAUUGUACCUAGUACAAAUAUUCGAUCUUUUCGACGCACAAAAGCGAAGACUGCCUCACGAAUCGAUUUUGAUGCUUGUGAAUCUAAUCUAUUUAGAUACACUGACCUCAGUCAAAAUAAGUAUUUAUUAUUACAGAGUUUUCCAUGGGAAAAGCUAAAAAAACCAUCAUUUUGCACAAGACUGACAAACCGAAUUGUAGGAGUUGGUAUGAGAAUAAGACUGACUUGUACUGUUCUUGGUAAUCCAGAACCACGCGUUUAUUGGACUAAAGAUAAUCAAAAGCUAGCUGCCUCGAACAAACGUUGCAGGAUGCGAUACGAAAACGGUAUGGCUUAUUUGGAACUAGACGAAGCGCUUCUCGAGGAUGCUGGAAUAUAUACAUGCGUAGCUGAGAAUACACAGGGCACUUCUAUAACCGAAUCUAUCUUAAGCGUUUACUCCGAUUAUAAACCUAUGCAUUCAUCUCCAAUUUUCGUAAAAUCAAUUAAAGAUACUUAUCGAUAUUCUGAUCGCAAACUCAUUCUGGAAUGUCGUGUACGAUCUUAUCCGGUUCCUAUAAUUUCCUGGCUAAAAGACGGAGUGAUUAUUCAAGGCGAACGUUACAAACAAAGUUAUCUCGACGAUGAUGUUUAUCGACUGGAAAUAGCGGAUCCUGAUCUCACAGAUAAUGGACAAUAUACAUGUCGUGCGGCAAACGAACUAUAUACCGAAGAAAUAUCUCAUAUUGUUCACGUUGAAGAUUGGCAAUCCGUGAAUCGAAACGAUCUACGUUCAGACCACGAAACUAAAUCAGAAGUCGAACGAAAACCACGGUUUUCCAACUUAUUAAAAGAUUAUAACGUGCCCGCUGGUGGAACGAUUGCUCUUCAAGUAGAAGUCAAAGGUGUACCAGCUCCGGAAGUAAAAUGGCUACGUGGCGAUCGAAAAGAGCCAAUUACUAUACCACAAGCUAGAACCUUUGCAGAGCGUGGACUUUACACUUUAAUUGUACCAGAAGCGACAGAGUCAGAAAGGGGUAUAUAUGUGUGUAGAGCGAUUAAUGCUUAUGGACAAGUGGAUACAAGUGCGACAGUUGAUGUAAUAUCAUCGAGUACUGUUGACGGGGGAAAACCGGCGGUCUUCGUCUCAAGACCCUUUAAGAAAUCGAUCGAUGUAAUCGUUGGCGAAGAUAUCAGCAUAUCCUUCCGAGUCAGUGGUAUCCCCAAGCCUCGAAUAAUAUGGAUGAAGGGAUUAACGGACAUCACAGAUGGGCCAAGAUCAUAUAAAGAGAGUAUUGAUGAUUAUGUCAGAUUAACAUUAAAAAGAGUCAUACCUUCUGACGAGGGUACCUAUUGCAUUUUAGUUAAAAAUAGGUACGGUUGCGAUAGAAGUUUCUUCUCAAUUAAGAUAAAGCAACGUGCUAGGUCAUUGACUCCAUUGUCAGAUUGGAAUUCUGUUACCGAGCGUGACGCAGAAGAAUACAACAACGACAUGUCCUAUGUGCGAAAUGUUCCCGGUCCGAUUAGUAGUGAACCUGUUGCUAUUGACGGUGGGAAAAGCUGGUUAUCAUUGAGUUGGGGUAAAGCAGAAAGAAGAGGACCCGCACCGGUGAUCGCUUAUAAAGUCGAAGCUUGGCUCUUAGGUGGUGAUGGAGGUGCUCGAUGGGUAGAGCUCGGGAUUACGCCAAUCAAUGCGUUCGAUGCAUUCAAUUUGCGACCAGGUGGAGAAUAUAAAUUUCGCGUAACACCACGAAAUCGUUAUGGAUGGGGCGAACCAGUUACGAUGACGAAUUCAGUGAUGGUGAGCGAAAGUACCGAUCUUCCGGAAUUUACCAAAAUUCUACCGGGACAAUUAAAGGCUCUCGAAGGAAUGCCAGUAAAAUUGGAAUGUGAGAUUCGCAGUGAUUCUAAAGUGGAAGUACGAUGGUAUCGCGAAACAAUGGAAAUAAAUCCAUGCAAUAAUUCAAGAUUUGCAAUACAUUACAAUGGCUCCAAAUAUUCCUUGACGAUUGCAAAUAUCAGAGAAGAUGAUUCCGGACGAUAUGUUUGUGAGGCAAAUAAUAGAAUGGGUAAAGUGUCAUCGUUCGCUAGAAUCCUCGUUGUUACCGAUCCAAGAAUUAUCGAGGCCGAUGCUAAACUUAAAACGAGUUUAAGCGUCGAACCAGAAGAUAGACCGCCGCAAUUUACCAUGAGGAUACGAGACAGACGAGUGCAAACAACUUAUCCGGUAAGGCUUACCUGUCAAGUCAUCGGGCAUCCCAUUCCGGAGGUCACUUGGUAUAAAAAUGAAACGGAAAUCUCUCAAGAUGAGCGCCACGUCUUUUGGGAUGACGACUCAAAUUUUCAUACUCUGGAAAUAAUUCAUUCCACUCUUGAAGACUCUGGAUGUUAUAUGGUGACAGCGAGAAAUAUAAAUGGCUCCGUGUCUUGUCGGUGUAACCUCGUGGUAGAUAAAGGAAUUCGGGCCUAUAUAGCACCGGAAUUUCUUCGUGAUCUUAAUGCAGUUUACACGAUUCCUUCAGGUAGGGAAUUACGAAUGUCGGCACAACUUGAAGCUUACCCGAGUGUCGGCGUUGUCUGGCAUCGCGAUGGGAUUCGGCUACGACCUAGUAGAAGAGCCGUAAUGACAUUGAGCCACGAUGGCACUAUCCAAUUUUCUCUGGCUAAUAUCACUGCGCGAGACGCAGGAAUUUACAGUUGUACUGCGACAAAUGUAGUCGGGCAAACUGAAACAUCCACCAGAGUGGCUGUUAUAACCACCGAUCAAAAUAAUUCUUCCAUUGAUGAAUCUUCCAACGUUACUAGCACAGAUAUACCAUAUUCAAAGGAACCUCUUUUUGUAACAAAACCUUUAUCCACUGAAGCGAUUGAAGGCGACACAGUCAUCAUUCUCUGUGAAGUAGUUGGAGAUCCUAAACCGGAAGUAAUAUGGUUGCGCGAUUUUCUCAAGCCCGACUAUUACAAAGACGCACCCCACUUUCGGCUGGUGGGUGCAGGACCACAAUAUCGAUUGGAAAUACCUUACGCUAAGCUUGACUUUACUGGAACGUAUUCCGUAAUAGCUCGCAACUGUCAUGGAGAAGCUAAAGCUGUAAUUUCCUUGCAAAUCUAUGCCAAAGGUCAAGGUAAAGAAGAACAAACGCAAAAAUUUCCUCACGGAAAGAUACUGACCCUGCCGAUUAUAAAGAGAGAGUUGCAAGAUCUUCGGUGUUGUGACGGCGACGCUGUCUCUCUAGAGUGUAAGGUUUAUGCCACACCAGAACCGCCUUUAGUUCGUUGGGAACGCGGAGGCAAAAUUAUAGUUAUGAUGGGCGAUUUCGCUGCUGAAUUCAACGGUGAGACAGCACGAUUAAGUAUCCAACAUGUCUAUCCUGAGGAUGAAGGAGAAUAUACGUGUGUAGCUUAUAACGAUCUUGGAAAAGCGUAUACAUCAGCCUGUUUAGUUGUAGACGUACCUGAGGGAAAAGAAAAUACACUGAGUCAAAGAUUAACGAGACCGAUGGGUCUCCUAUCAGCGGGAUCGACCCCGAGAUCGACACCACGAUCAACACCAAUCAGAAGCUUGUCACCGGCAGUUUCGCACGGACGUGAGUUCAGAUCACCGCAAGUUCUAUCACGAAGCGACAUGUCGAAGAGACCGAAAGUUUGUCCGCCGAAAUUUUAUGCGGUGCCGCAUAAUCGCUUGGUUCAAGAAGGCGAAACCGUGCGAUUCCAAUGCGCUGUUAUCGGUCAUCCUGCACCCUGGGUAAGAUGGGACAAGAAUGGCACCGUUGUAACACCGAGCGCAAGAAUCUCCAUCAAGGAACGAGAUGAUAUUAAGAUACUUGAAAUCAUCGAUGUAAUGCGAGAGGACGCGGCUCUCUAUAGAGUGAUAGCAGAAAAUGACUUUGGUCGAAUUGAGGCCAGUGCUCGUCUUGAAGUAAUAAAUCGAUACGAAACAACAAGUCGAACCAUCAGAACUAGAAGCGCUUCACCUAGAACACAUCCUAUAUUUGAUCGGAGUCUUCUUCCGACUACCAGUAGAAUAAAUAGUCGUCUGCAAUUGGAAUGUCGCGUAAGAGGAACGCCGAGCGUAACACCAACGUGGUACAGAAACGGACGACCAUUGGAACGAUCCUCUAGAAUAAAAAGAUAUUUCGAUGGCACUACGGCCAGAAUGGAAAUAUCAAAAAUAAAAGGCAGUGAUGCGGGUGAAUAUACUUGCAUAGCGACUAAUAUACUUGGGUCAACGAGAAGUACUUGUGAGGUAACGGUAUUAGAUCCUUAUGAUCCGUCUUUCGCAGACAAGACUACACCGCAAUUUCUGCGAUCGUUACCGGAAGAGUCAAUUGUCAUGGAAAAUCACUGUCAUGAAUUUCAGACUGGAGUCAUAGGUACACCUCCUUUCACAAUUACUUGGUAUAAGGAUGGUCGUGAAUUACCUGAUAACGAUUAUUAUAAAUACAUUGUAUAUGAAGAUGGUGGAGUUGCUCUCAGAUUAUCUAAAGUUCGUCCACAAGAUGCUGGCGAAUAUACCUGCAUUGUGCGAAACGAUUUCGGUAUUGCUUCUUGCAGUAAUCUUUUUGCUGUUCAAGAUUACAAAAAUGUUUCCAAAUUGGCACUCCAAUUUACAAAAACUCCGCUAUCAGUUACCGCCGCUAAAGGCACUAUUGCUUGUUUCUGUGCCAGAGUGCAGUGUGAAAAAACUGUAGAUAUUAUUUGGACAAUUAAUGGAAAAGAUGCCCGAGAAAGCACAAAGUGUAAAAUUGAAAGAAACAGCAAUGUUAGCAUUUUAAGAAUACGAGAUGUAUCAUUACGUGACACAGGAGUGAUUCGAUGCACAGCUUCCAUAAAUAGAAAAGGUCCAGCCAUCAGUUGUAUUGCCAAGCUGCAAUUACAAAAUUCAUUUUACAAUCUUAGUAAUGCCAUGACAAAGCCUGAAGAUAUUCAGAUUCACGCACAUACCAAACUAUCGUUAAUAAACACUAAUCUAGACAUGCUGGAAAAAAUUACAGAGUUAUCAUCAUUAAAAUGUUGGCGACGUCGCGAAAAGUCGCUAACGCAUAUCGAAUCAUCUUCAUUUUCUCGGCGUGCGGCAUCAUAUACUAAACAUGUUUCUCCUUUACCAAGAAGAAAACAAAUUUCUAACAAUGUGUCAAAUGAUACCCAAACAUUUCGAAUCGAGGACGACUUAUCGGUACAAAGAAUUAUAACGAAGAAUUUAGAUACUAAUUUGGAAUUUUCGAAAAGUCAAAUAUCAUUAUCUUCAUUAAACGAAGAAGAUAUAAAUGAUACUUUCAUAAAGUUAUCAUCAGUAAAGAAAACAGAAGAACUUUAUCAUCAAGCUAUUGAUCCUAUAUCGAACAACGAGUAUAUGGAAUCCUACUUACGAGGAUUAACAAAAGCUACUAUAAUAAAAGAACCAACUGAUAUUAGUGUAAUCAAAGGAAGCGCGGCAGUACUCAGAGCAAUUUAUCAAGGAUAUCCCGAACCAACGAUCAAGUGGUUUCAAGUGAAUCGAGAAUUACGAUCAGGCGAAAAGAUUGGAAUAGUUAACAGAGACGGUGUAUCUCGUUUGACACUGGACGACGUGACGUAUGAUCACGCUGGAAAAUACGAAAUCUCGGUAGAAAAUUCACUAGGCAAAGAUCGAAGAUUCUUUAGCUUAGCUGUGGAAGGUCCACCGGAACCUCUCGCGGAUAAACCGAGUGUAAAGUUGAGCGAUGGUCAGACUACGAUCGUUUGGCGAUCGCCUCCUUAUGAUGGAGGUCGUACACUGAUCGGAUAUACUGUGGAAGCAAGACGCGCCAGUGAAAGCACGUGGACGGUAAUCGCUGAGUCUUGUCAUUCGCUGAGUCAUACAGUAGCAACAACUGAAAAGAAUUCCGUGAUACCGGGUGAGAGUUAUUAUUUUCGUAUUCGAGCUGAAAAUAUUCACGGACUCAGUGAUCCUAGCAUGGAGUCAGAACUUGUCAGAAUCUUAAGAGAAGGGAAACGAUGCUUCAAGAGGAAGACGAACAAAUCUGAGCCAAGUUUCGAACCUCGUAUAGUGAUACCAGAAGAAGGCAAAUUUUUCGGCGAAAAAUACGACGUUCUGGAAGAAUUAGGAAAAGGCCGAUAUGGCGUAGUCAAGAAAGUCAUCGAACGUCUGACAGGUGUGAAUUUUGCUGCCAAGUUCGUUAGAACGAUCAAAACGAAAGAUCGCGAACAAGUCCGUGAAGAAAUUAAAAUUAUGAAUGCAUUAAGGCAUCCUAAGCUUUUACUACUUGUUGCUGCUUACGAAUACCCCCGUGAAACCGUGCUAAUUACGGAAUAUAUUUCAGGAGGAGAAUUGUUUGAGAGAGUAGUAGCUGACGAUUUUAUUUUAACCGAAAGAGACAGUAUUCUCUUUAUGAGACAAAUCUGUCAGGGAGUCGAAUAUAUGCACCAAAAUAAAAUUGUACAUCUUGAUUUAAAACCAGAAAAUAUUAUGUGUUGUACGCGAACUUCUCAUCAGAUUAAACUGAUUGAUUUUGGAUUGGCUCAGACUUUAAAGUCUGAUACACCGAUCAGAGUUCUCUUUGGUACACCAGAAUUUAUUCCACCGGAAAUUAUAAAUUACGAGCCGAUCGGCAUUGAAUCGGAUAUGUGGAGCGUCGGUGUAAUUUGUUAUGUGUUAUUGACUGGUUUAUCGCCGUUCAUGGGAGAUAAUGAUGCUGAGACUUUCGCUAAUAUUACACGAGCAGAUUAUGAUUUAGAAGACAAAGCUUUCGAUGCCAUUUCAAAUGACGCUAAGAAUUUUAUUAGUGGCUUACUCAUUAAACGAAAGGACUUACGCAUGUCGGCUACACAGUGUUUGGAACAUCCGUGGAUGGUGCAACACACUGCAGCUAUGAGCAGAGUAGUCUUACCAACAGAGAAAUUAAAGAAAUUCAUUAUACGAAGAAAAUGGCAGAAAACAGGAAACGCUAUUCGCGCAUUGGGAAGAAUGGCAAUUCUAUCGGCGUAUAGUAGACGUAGUCCCACAACAACAGCGGAGUCGUCACCUACACUUGAACAAUCACUUGAUAAUAUCGAGAUACAAUAUUCUGAUGGAAUUGAAUCAAUCAGCAAUACUACUGCUGUCGAUAUAGAAACGGAAAACAUUGAGAUGAGCACGAAGGAAAACUUUACCAAGAUAGAAUCACAGACAAAUUUGCAUUCCACACGUGUGGAAGUAACAGAAGCAAAUGUGACAAUACAAAAGACAUCAACGAAAGAAAAAAAUAAUUUGAAUACUCUUUCAAAGCAGAUCAAUAUUGAAAAAGAAAUACCUGAAAUGGAAUCCGGUAUCGAAUCAAUGCCAAAGAUAGAAGACAUUCCACAAAAUGUUACAUCGCAUCUAGAAAUUCUAGUAUCGAAUGAGAAUAAAAAAAGUAAUGAAGAAAUAAUCGAUAAAUUUUCUAAAAUAGAGCAGUACACGAUUCCAAAACCGCAGACAUUUCAUAGAAUAUUUCGAGGUAAUUCGCAUGAUUCCGGAAUAGACGAUUGUAAUUCGAAUCUAGUGACUUCUCCGCUACAAAUAGAUGAACUAGGAAUAGUGUCUACUAUCAAAAAAGAAAUAGAUCAUGAGACUCGCACUCGAGAGGGCAAACAAACAUUGAAAAAAGACGAAAAUCAACAGAAUUUGACGGCAGGAAUCUUAAUAAAUUUAGUGCAAGGCAAAAAAACUCAUCUUUGUGACACGGAAAUUAUUGCAGACAAUGACAAGGUAGCAAUGACAAAGAGUGACAUGACUAAAGCUUUGUGUGAAACUAAUUACAUACAAAAAGUUGCCGACGAGAAUGCGGACACAAGGAUACUAAGCGGACACAAUCGCGAUAAAUUUCUUCCUACCGGAAACGUAAGUCGUACGGCUAGGAUAUUCGAAACAGAAAGUGCAACAUCGAAUUCAAGCAAUUCGCAAGUUUCAGUAGUACAACGCGCUGCUAUAAUUACAGGAAAGCCGUACAACGAAAGAAUACAGAAAGUUUUUGCAUUCUGGAACAAAUAAAGAUAUCUUUUGUAAUACACAUCUCUCUCAAAGAAUAUUAUAAAUCAAAAUAGAUUGUCAUAUCAUUUUCAAGUAAAAUAGAAAUACAUUGUUUGCGAAAAGCCACAAAUAUGUAGAAAAAUUGUACUUUAAAUGCAUGUAGGGAUGAUGUACGUCCAUUAAAUGCAAUUAAACUUGUAUAAUUCUUAUUUAAUAACACUUAAAAGCAAAUUUAAAUUGUUUUAUUAAUUUAGAUCAUAUUGAGACUUGAUGGAAGAGAUAUGCACUUAUUGUUAGAGUGAGCUAUCAUUCCUGUAAAAAAUUUACGCAAACAAUUUGUAAUUUUUAUUAAUCGCAAUUUUUAUUAAUUGCGGAAAAAUUCGAUUCUUAAAAUUUUUGUAUCAAAUGUAACUCGCUUCUUAUUGUAUGUAUUUUGUUGAAACGCUAAUCACAAUUGCAUCCACAAUUUUAAAAAAUAUUGUGUCGAAGAUAUAUACAUUCUAUUGUUUUUCAGUUUCAAAUACAAUUCCAAAGCAUUUAUUGCUAUGUGUAUAUGUAAUUGGCAUCUUUGUUAAAUAUCAUUUUUUAAUUAUAAUUUAACGAAACGAAAACAUUUUUAAGAGAAACGAAAACAUAUAUACAUAAUGAAAUAAGGAUACAUAAUGAAAUAAGCAACAUUUCGUGAACAGUUUAUAUUUGAUAGGAUGCAUAAUAUUACUUUUAAUUUGAAAUAAUUAUUUGCAAAUAUAUUCUCAUAGUUGUGAAGAGACAAACAACAU